UGCCUCUUUCUUCCUUCAAUCACUCAUAUAAAAAGGAACAAUUCCUCCCCAACACACAAGCCAUCAUCAGAUCUUAUCCAAACCUACUGGGACUAAUUACUAAAAUGGUGGCUGAAAGACCACGUACAAAUCGGAAAAGAUUGAUAAAACAGCAUCUUGUACAAGGCAAAGAAUUUGCUGUCCAACUUCAAACUCUGCUUCAACAACCUCUUGCACAUCAUAAACCAGUCUUAGCUCAUGACCUUAUUCUCAAAAUCUUGACAUCUUUUACUGAAGCUCUCUCUGAACUUAAUUUUGCUGGCUCCAAAGGGGUAUUCCAGAUCCCGAAGGCUGACAGCGAUUUUAGGAAGAAGGACAAGCAAGUCGUGAAGGACCGGCGAGUUUGCAACCGGAGAAGAAGAAAUGCAUCAGAUUCAUGCACGAGAGAGUCUACAACAACGGAAGAUGGACAUGCAUGGAGGAAAUACGGGCAGAAGGUUAUACUUAAUUCAAAAUAUCCAAGGUGCUACUAUAGGUGCAGUCACAAGUAUGAUAAAGAGUGCCCGGCCACUAAACAAGUUCAAAGAAUCAAAGAGGACCCAAUAAUUUACCGAACUACAUACUUUGACCGUCACGUUUGUAAAUGUUCACUAAAGAAGCCACUUCAUCAGGUGAUCAUUUCAGGAGAAGACUCAAAAUUACAUAGUGAUAUAUCUUCUGCACUGGAUGGGCAGGAUUUGAUGCCAUCCUCUCCGGCUAUAAUGGCAGAUGAUUUUUCUCUUGAAGGUGUGGUUUCGAUUAUGACAUCUUCUGACUUGCAUGGUUUGGAUAUGGACGACAUUAGUAAAUUUGGUGAUUUUCACUUUGAGGCAUUAGAGUUUUCAUAAUUAUUCCUUGUAACUUUUGAACUGAAUUAUGUCCCUUUGUAUCAUUCAAUAUAAUGAAGUGAAAGUUCUUAA